UAAUAUAUAGAAUACAUUAGAACAUCUCCAAAAAGGGGUUUUAUUGGGUUUAGAAAAGAGUUCACUGGUUUAAUAAUGAGAUUAAAAUUAAAUCAAAACUCUAAAAAUUGGUAAGAGGCGGUUCUCUAUGAAGAGGUUUGUGAAACCAAGAGAGACGUCUACGUGGCAGUUGUUUAUUGGCGGACUAUUUUUUUGCCGACUAUCUCUCUCUCUUUAGCGCCGAUCGUUUGAUUCUCCAUCAUCUCAAUGUCGGAGAUCUUCGUGGAGCGGUUUCAGCUCUUGAUCUCAUGGCUCGUGAUGGGAUUCGUCCCAUGGACUCAGUCACUUUCUCUUCACUCCUCAAAUCUUGUAUCCAAGCACGCGAUUUUUGGCUCGGAAAACUCGUUCACGCUCGAUUAAUCGAGUUUGAGAUCGAGCCUUAGACUAUGAGAAGAUUUAGCGAAAGCUGAGGAUGUGUUGUUUCUUGGAGUGCGAUGAUGGCUUGUUUCGGUAAUAACGGAAGACAAUCAGAUGCGAUUAAGCUUUUUGUUGAGUUUCUGGAAUUGGGAUUAAGGAAGACUAGGCAUUUUGAAUCUGAUGUCUGUGUGGGUUGUUCUUUGAUUGACAUGUCUGUGAAAGGGGAGAAUAGUUUUGAGAAUGCGUAUAAAGUGUUUGAUAAAAUGUCUGAACUAACUGUUGUUACUUGGAUAUGGUUUUAAGUUUUAAGCGGAUUGGAAUCAGAUAAGUUCACACUAAGCUCAUUAGCUUUCCUGCGUUUGUAUGACUUAAGAUCAGGACAGGAAACUAUGUUCUUGAUUUUUGCUUUAAUUUGGGAUAUCUGGUGAGACUGUGGGAGAUGUAAGAUUUGUUGCAGAUAUGCAUAAGCGAAAGGCUGAAACGGCACAGAAGCUGAUGCCUUCAUUGCACUCCCUGGUUGGUCUAUUGAAUGUUGAUGGAUACUAUAACAAUUUGCUUGCUUUCUUUGACACCAGUUUCGAAGAAGGUUUUAUCAAGCCAGGUGCACGUAACAUUUUGGUUUCUGCUCCAACAGCCAAUGGAGAAGCUGGAGCCAUUGCUCGAUCAAGCAGUUAUGAUGCUUUUAUUGGAUGGAUUCAAAGAGCUUGUGAAGAGUUUCAGUUCUUCUUAAACGCUGUAAGAGACCCACAAAAAUUUGAUGUUUUCGAGUAUCUGUUCAAAGUGAAUCAAUAGUAUUCGACGCAAUGAAGGCAAUCAAAGAAAGUCAGCAUGUAUUCUUCACAGGAGAGGUUCAGGUUUCCCGUAUUUCUAAUUGUAUGGUUAAUUUCUCAUAGCUUGGAUGAUUGGUUCACAUUGCUUAACUAAAAUUGAAUGGAUUUGUAUAGAUGAUAUUUCCAUGGAUGUUUAAUGAGAUUCAUGCCUUGAAGCCAUUCAAGCUAGUGACGGAAACAAUUAUUCAGUUUUACGAAGAUAUGUAUCUAUGUAAAUUUCAAGCAAACAAUUGGUCUUGUUCUUUAACCACAAAAUUUAUUCGUACA